AGGACUUUUCCCCACUUUGGGCGGGUCCCAUGAAACUACUGUUUAGGAUUAUCCUGAUGAGAUAAUCGAUUCCCGCGCCAUUUGAAGUGAUAAUUGAAGAAUAAACAUGCUCAAAUGUUUAUGGAUCAAAGUAGAUAUAUCGCUAAAACCAUUGUUUAUUUCACCUGUUCUGAGUACAUACAAAUACAGUGUAUUGCUGGUGUGUUUAUCACAAUACAGUAAAAUUUACUAAACUAGCUAUUUACAAUUUCUCCUUCAAAUGUCGCUGGUGUUAUUCAUUUUACCCACGUUUUAUUUUUAAAACCACGUUACUUUUUAAGUUGACCACAAACGUUUUCACUUAACCUAUAUCCUCUUUUUGUGACGUAGUAGAGACUCCAAAAUUGUUCCACUCGGAGUGAAACAAAGUCAAAGUUCCGUUUUUUUUUUUAUCGCAUCCAAGUUUCCUCAAGCGUUCCGUUUCAGACAUUAUUGAAUAAUGGGGGGCUAUUUUCUGUGGCAGUCUGUAUAUUUAUAAGUUAUAUAUAUUUGAAAGUCGCUAUUAUUACACGGCAGCUUGUGUAUUUCAGAGGGAAUCCCUUCACGUCACCAAGGAUACCAAACACAACAGCACAAAUAUGGGCAUGUACGUCAGCGGAACUCCGAGGCGGAGCCUGAGAUGCCUCAGUUGUACUAGAGAGGAUGGCUUCAUUCAUAAGAGCAAAUCUGCCACUUUACACCGUAAAACCUACAACCCCCGGCGAAUUCUAUGGAUCUGUAUUUGAACAUCUGACAGAGGCAGAGCGAUGCGAGGAUUUUACCCACAAUAACAGGAGUGUAGGACGCUUGUACCUCGGGAACAAACGGAGCCGGAUUAAAGCUUCUUCAUGCAACUUUUUUGGAAAGAAAUCAAGAGCAACUCGUCGGGAAAUAAACAGUGUAUAAUCGGUGACCUCCAGCUCUCUGCGGGUGCCCUGCUUCCUCUCAGUCCCCCCGGGGAGAUGUACCAAGGGUUCCCCGGCGACCCAGACAGCGGAUCCCGUGGAAGCUCGUCUCCGUCCAUAGAGUCGCAGUACCUUUCCUCCGUGGACUCUUUCGGGAGCCCGCCAACCACCAGCGCUCCGCAGGAGUGUGGGUCAACCGGAGCUGGCUUGAGCAUUGUGAGCAGCGGGCCUGGGACCAGUCUUGGAGCGGAUAUGCCUGGAUCAUUUGUGCCGACGGUCACCGCCAUCACCAGCAGCCAGGACCUGCAGUGGAUGGUUCAGCCCACGCUCGUCUCCUCGCAGGCCUCUGGACAGAGCUGCUCGACGGGAACUACAACCAUGACUCAGCCUUCCUCUUUGGUUGACCCUUACGACAUGCCAAGCACCAGUUACUCUAUAGGCUCUGGCUUGACUCCCCCAACAGAUGACACUCCGGGCCCGGCGCCAGGCCCCGUUCGCCAGUCCAGAACCCGUAGCCGCCGUACUCGAGACGAGUCUGUGAGUGAAGAUGGAGAUGUUGGUGUGUUACUGACACCAGAGGAGGAAGAGAAGAGGCGCGUUCGCAGAGAGCGGAACAAACUGGCUGCGGCCAAGUGCAGGAACCGCAGACGUGAACUCACCGACAGACUGCAGUCGGAGACUGACAUCCUGGAGGAAGAGAAGGCUGAGCUGGAGGCUGAGAUCUCAGAGCUGCAAAAGGAGAAGGAGCGUCUGGAGUUUGUCCUGGUGGCCCAUCAACCCAACUGUAAAAUCCAGUACCAGGAGCAGCCACAGCAAAGCACGUCAAGCUUACAGCCGUCUGUCUCAAUCGUGGGCUUGUCUAUGAAGGAGGACCCUUUUUAUCUUCCUCCCGCCUACUCAGCCCAUCCAUCCUCCUCGCAGUCGCAACUUCCGCUUCAGCAGCAGCCGCAGCAGCAGCCGCCGCAGCAGCAACAACAAGUCCGAGCUCCGCAGCCAGGAUUAAUGCAGGAGGUAGAGUUUUCUAGUUCUUUCUUUUGCCCUGGUCAGCUGGCACCUGGCGGGCCGUGCAUCGUGGCCAGCAACACUGGUGGUGAUGGUGGUGGUAACCAUGACGAUGCAGCCAUUGGCAGCCACAACACCUCAUACACAUCUUCAUUUGUGUUCACCUACCCAGAGGGAGCCUGCGGGGUCAGUGCCAACCAGCGGAACAGCAGUAGCGAGCAGUCAUCUGAUUCCCUGAACUCGCCUUCUCUGCUGGCGCUUUGACUGACUGAUAAACACUAAUCUGCACGCACACACCUUGAGUCGGCCCGAGUAGAAGGCCGGCCUGCACAGCAUAAGAACUCUAGUAUGAAAUAUUGGAGUUUGCCUGUUCCUUAAAGUCAUUCCAAUAAAGAGCCAUACGAACCAAUAGCUGCACAAUUGAGAACGAUAGAAACAUUUCGUUGCUUGAUUCCAACUGGACAACAAAAGUGACUCAAAGAGUUUUUGUUGAGUUCAGUCUCUUAACUAUAAUUGGAAACGCGCCAGAGCCCCACCUUGUUCCCUCUGUUGUCCGUCUCUUCUUCGGCGUCCUCAUUCUUCUCGUCCAUCCUUCUACUUUGUAUUGCUAAAUGUGUUGUGCAAAUCUGAAACAGGGGCUGAGGACCCUCUGUUGAGCUUCUUAUCUUGUGAGCGACAGCAGCAUCACCGCUAACCCCUCAUUCACUCGACCUCCUGCUGCUUCUUCAUUUGCUGCUUGGACUUGGCAGGUUGGGGAUCUGAAUAUCACAUCCUUCUUAAAUCUUUAUUUGUUGUUUAACUCCUCUUCCAUCCUGCCAUCUCCUCUUCUGUCUCUGUGUUUCUCUUUCUAAAGUCUCCAACCCCCGAGAGUCCGAAGACCCCCUCCAGCCCUUGGGACCUAGAGUGAUUGUCAGCUUAACUAAAAAAAAAACAAAAAAAAACCUUUAGCACCCGCUCACGCAGGAAUAAAGAGGCACCGCCGUUACAGAAGAACUUGAGUGCUCAUAAAGGAUGCACACUGCACAUGGAUGUCUUCUGCUGAGCCAUUUUUGAUGUUGAAGACUGAGCUCAUGUACUUGGGGAGCGCAAGAGUUGCUAGUGCAAGAAGGUUGACCUGAUGUUAAAGGUGCUCGCUAUUCAUAUUGGAACCAAAUGGACGAAAAUGAAGCCAAAUUCUUUUUGCCUAAGCUAGACAGAUAAUCCUGCUCUUGCCAACCGUGGAGGUGCGGCCUGUAUCUCACAGCGUCUCCAUCCUGAGCGACAUAUCGACAUUACUGAACUGACGAUACUUUAAUGCACCAGCUCUGUGUUCUUUCCGCUCGCCUGUUCAGGUGCGACCCGAUGCCUUUAUUCUUGAAGUUUGUAGACAACCUCUCAACGUUGGGCCCAGUCGUGUCUGCACUUUCUUCUGAGCGGUGUUUACUAUCAUCCGCUCCCAGAGGAUCCUGGCCCGUUUAUUUCUUUCUUUAGUGAGGUUGCAGCACAAAACCAGACCCGGGGAACACAUCGUGAGCUAACGUCGUUUUGUGUUGGUGUCUUUUCUUGCCUGUGAACUUGUUUUACCUGUAUGUUUCAGUGAGAAUUUAAAUGUGUGUUUUUGGCAUUGACUUCUCCCUUCACUCUUGUUUCUUUCCAAAGAUGUUUACGCUUAAUGUUACUACGAUUGUUGGAAAUAUUGCUUUUCUUGUUCUUUCAUUUGGCAACUUUGGAGGCAUGUUGUGCACUACAGGGGUGUUUCUGUGUCGAAAAAAAAGUCUUUAUGCAUAUACAUAUAUACAGGUAUCAUGUAUAUAUCAGUGUAUGUUCCAUGAUUGUAAAGUAUGAAUGUCAAAUUUAAGUGGGAUAUUUUUGUCAAUGAAGAACAAUGUACGGUGUUGCUGAGGUUUAGUUUUAAAAUAUAAUAUUUUUCUAACGGAACAAAAAAAAAUCAUUUAUCCUGAAGAUGAAGCACGAUGUCACUGCCUCUAUCAGUGUGUAUUUAUGUUUUAUAAACAGUAUAAAUCACUAUACAAGUAUAUGUAUGUUUAUAACUUUGGUAUAAGAAGGCUGUGGUAUUGUUCUCUGUGAGGUCUGUCCCUAAGCUGCUGACGCUAUCAACUGCAAAUAAGGAUAAAAAAGAUGUUACACAUAUGGAGAUGCAACAUUUUGACUAAACUGUUUUACUGAAGGGUUUGUGUUUAAUGUUUAGUCUCGCCGCCAUCACUCACUCGCGCCACAUCACAUUCUGAAUGUGCCCAUUCCUGAUUGUAUUUGAAACAUUUACUUUCCAAAAAUAAACUAUUUGAAUCAUGCAAAGACGAAACGUGCUUUUCUGUUGGUGCUCAGAAGAGGGGCAGACCUCCUGUUUUAUUGUAAACGUUGAAUAAGAUCUCUUGCUUGUUCUGAUGUUGGAGAUGCCUUUUCCUAACCUUUAAUGCAAAUGUGAUGAGAAUAUGUUCUGUUGUGAGAAAAAAAAACAUGUAACAUAUUCAACGGUUCUCAUGUACAGAAGGUUAUAUUUUGCGGUGCUACGUGUAGUUUACAACAAUAACAAUUCCUCUCGUUGACGCUUGGAGGCUGCUGUCAAGACUCAUCAGCACACUGUUUCUGAUUCUUCACCUGAAUGUGUUCGACGAUAACACAGUGAAUUUACCGUUUUGAACUGCCUGCAGGGCUUCUGUACUGUAACUGCACCUGUUACCAUGUAUUUCAUCCUACAUUAUUGCCUUAGAUUUAGAUGUACUUCGCUGAAAUUAUCCUUUGAUUCAGUGAUAUUUCUAUUGCGUACGGUUUGAAAACAGAAGGACAAUGAGAUCUAUUUUAUGGGAACUGCCGACACACACAUGUACUGUAUAAAAGAUGGGACACUGAUUUUUUUUCUCCUAUUUUUCUAUGAUGACGAGAACGUUGCAAUGCAUUUCUAUUUUUUCACCAGUCCCGUACAAUUACUCAGACUCGUCUUUCUCCUGGUUUUCUGAUGCAUAAACCUGAUGUAGCAAAGCCUGCAGUGCUGAGACUCAGUGCUACACGAUGUGGGGUUGUGACUAUACAUCGCUUUAUCGGUCCAUCUUAUCCUCACUGACAACAGUUUUAAGAAAACGACAGGAAGGAUUUGUGGCAACUGCUCUAAAGAAUUAUAUAUAUUUUUGAUGGUGUGCUGUUAAAGAAGUUUGCAUUCCUUUCAUCAAUGUUCCAUGUUAUUGUGAAAUCUGAAACUUUGUGAAUUAAAUAUCAUUUCCACAAAAGACUAAAUGAAUACUGUUGAAAAUGAACCUGAUAAGGUUUUAAAACUUGUCAUUUCCAACUUAUGUGUUAUAAUGUGCACUUGUUGUUUUUUUUACUUGUUUGAUCAAACGCCAUUGAAGUGUGAGAGUUCUCAUCCUGUUUUCUAUUUUCAUCUCCACUUUCCAAAUACAAUAACAUGUCCAUUCAUGUCUUCUGUUCCUAAACUACAAAUAUCCUCUGUUGUUAUUUCUAAUUUGUGAAGAAGCAACAUAAAUAAACACAAUA